GUAAUUUUUUAUGUGGUGAGUCACAAUCAUCAUCAUCAUCAUCUCCUUCACAUCCGUUACUAGUCAUAUGGAAACGUGUACUCCUUAGAAACGCAAUAUCUCUACAGAUAUUGAAGACAAGUUGCAAAAUUUGUUUUUUAAGAAAAGUAUGAAUUCGAUUCAAUUAUCUUGUAGCUCUCUUCCCCAUGACAUAAUCCUGAAGAUCGGCUCUUCUCUUCAGGUGAAUGAUCUUUGUGCACUCAGUAGCUGUUCUAGUUUUUGGAGAGAGCUUUGUGGUUCUGAUGUCUUAUGGGAACCUCUGUUUCGAAAAAGAUGGCCUUUGUUGUUCACAUUUGAUGCAGACAGUACUCAGUUUCUUCAACCCCAAAACGCUGGAACCACCAAUGAUGAAAGUUCUCAGGAAUGGAGAAGAUUUUACGUGGCGCAGCAUACGGAAAUGGCAUCAAGAGCUUCCGAGGUGAUUACGUAUGUGACCAAAUGGCCAUCUACGUUGUCUCUAGAGGGCGGCCAAUACCUGCACGCGGUUGAAACAAUGAGCUCGAUGAGGUUAGGAUUUCAAGAUGUGGAGUUUUUUAUCUUCAAACCAAACUUGAGCGUGCUGCUAAACCUCAUUGGACUCAUCUACUGCAUACAACACCUGAAACCGCUGCGGGAGCAAAUCUUGGAAGCGCUUACGCGAUAUGGAAUCUCCGAGCAGCUGGUUUGGGUGAAAUGGUUGACGUUAGGUCGAUGGUCAGGUGGGAGACGAAUGAGAGACGAAAUCGUAUCACGUCAGGUCUCUCUAGUCAAUGUUGUAACAGGGAAAGAAGAAACCGUUCUAAAAGUGCUUCAGCGUGGAGUUGUUCACGAAGUUCUUCGUGUUUGUAUCUCAACCAUGGAUCUUGCUUGCGCCCCUUGCACCAGUAGCACCAUCAGAAACUACUAAACCUUUUCAAAUUACACAUUUGUUACAAGUCUAAUUAAUUGUGUUUAGCCAGUGUGAUAAACAAACAUAUAUGUAAAGUAAAUUUGUGUAUAUGAUUGAAACUACUUAUGUAAAUAACAAAAUAAUAAAGUGAAUUACAAUUUUUUCACUAAA